AUGCUCAACACCCGAAGUAUUAGACUAGUGGUGGCCGUGCUAGCCGUACUUGGCAUAGUUGCGUUUUUCGCUACGGCGCAAAACUCAAUCACCCCGCCGUCGCCACAGCGGGUGAAUAAACCAGCAUCGAGUGGAGACUCGUCUGCGCCACCAUCAUUGUCGCAUUCAAAUGGGAAACUGGCACCUGGGCGCGUCUCGCUGCCAAACCAAAAUGUGGAUCUUUCAGAGGCAAAGUCCUUGGAGCAGGAAGACGAAAAGAAUACGUUACAAGGAACUCCACACUCGGGCACAAAGCCACCUUACGAGAUUGAAGAGGAGAAACCAAAGAAGAAUGUUGCUGAAAAAUUGAGUUCACCACAAACACCAGCAUCGUCAUUGAGCUCUGAAAAAAACACUCCUGUAAAGGCAGCGGCUCAAGACUGUAACGAGGUCAAUUACGUCGUCAUGAUCGAUGCUGGAAGCACAGGCUCUCGUGUUCAUGUGUACGAGUUCAACACAUGCGUCCAGCCUCCAAAACUAUUAUCUGAAGAAUUUAUGAUGCUCAAGCCCGGGUUGAGUUCUUUUGACACUGACACUGUUGGUGCUGCAAAAUCCUUGGAUCCGUUAUUGCAAAAGGCUUUGGAGAAAAUCCCCAAGGAUAAACAAGCAUGCACUCCAAUUGCAGUCAAGGCCACCGCUGGGUUGAGAUUGCUUGGAGAAGACAAGUCCAAGGCCAUUUUGGACCAAGUCAAGACCCACUUGGUUGAAGAUUACCCCUUUGCCGUUGUUCCUGGCGACGGGGUCUCAAUCUUGGAUGGUAAAGACGAAGGAGUGUUUGCUUGGGUUACUGCAAACUACCUCUUGGGCAAUAUUGGCAACGAAGAAAAGAGAGCCACUGCUGCUGUUUUCGAUUUGGGUGGUGGGUCGACUCAGAUUGUGUUUGAGCCGGACUACAAAGAUCAGUUCCCCGUUGAAGGCGAAACCCAAUACAAAUUCACCUUUGGCGAUCAUGACUUUACCUUGUACCAGUUUAGCCACUUGGGAUUUGGCCUCAUGGAAGGGAGAAACAAGAUCAACAAGUUGGUUUUGGAGAAUUACAAGAAAAGUCUGGAUCUGAGUCUGGAUGCAACUGCGUUGGAGAAAUUCUCAAGCAAGAGUGAAGCCAAGUCAGCAAAAGCAGCAGUCACCAUCACUAAUCCUUGCAUUCCACCAAAUGCCGUCGCCAAGGAUAUCUUGGUCGAAGUUGGCAAGGACGAAUUCUACGUUGUCAACAUGAAAGGGUCACCACAAGCCGCCGGGGCACAAUGCCGAUUCCUUGCUGAACUGAUCCUCAACAAGGACUUGACGUGUGAAAGCAAACCUUGUUCAUUCAAUGGUGUUCAUCAACCUUCGCUCACGCACACAUUCAACAAAAACUCAGACAUGUAUGUGUUUUCCUUCUUUUACGACCGUACUAGUCCCAUCGGCAUGCCAUCGAGCUUCACGGUGGAAGAGCUCCGCGACUUGACUAAACUGGUUUGCCAAGGCGAAUCGUUGUGGGGCGAUGUCUUCUUUAAAGACUCGAUUGACCAGUUGGUGGAAGAACCGCAAUGGUGCUUGGAUUUGAGUUUCAUCACCGCCAUGUUGCACACUGGCUAUGACAUCCCCUUGAGUAGAGAGUUGAGAACGGCAAAGACAAUCGAUAGUAACGAAUUGGGUUGGUGCUUGGGUGCUAGUUUGCCAUUAUUAGACAAGAAAAGUUCUGGAUGGGAAUGUAGGUUAAAAAAGGACACUACUUAA